AUGAGUAAUGCCGAGCAGCUUAUGAUGGGUGAACAACAAACGACAAACGUUUCCAAUGUAUCUGGACAAUGUUUCGUCAAUCAAGCAAUGCAGGCAGUACGCCAACAAAGAGCUGGACCUUUAUAUGAUGUGACGAAAAUGGUGCGGGACUUUUGGCCGAGCCAGAUGCGAAAAAUUGAGCACAUGACCGAGAAUGAAAUGCGCGAACACUGCAAGCAUAUGGAAUUACCCAUGGCUAGAGUAAAGAAAGUGAUGCGUCUGGAUGAUGAGGUGCGGGCUCAGAUGAUAAGCUCUGAUGCGCCUCUGCUUCUGGCGGCUGCAUCAGAAAUGUUUAUUCAAGAGAUCACCUUGCGUGCAUGGCAACUCGUUGAAGAGGGGCGACGAAAAACGUUACAAAAGGAUCUAUUGAAACCCCCUUUCCAGUCCGAUAUCGCUGCAGCUGCCAGCAGAUUUGAGCAUUUUGAUUUCCUUAUUGAUAUUGUUCCCCGCGAAGAUUCCAAGAAGAUGCAUGACGACAUUCAUACCAUGAAUGUGACUUCGGAUGGGAGCUUAGGAACGACAGCUCAGGUUCAGUAUGUGCUCGCUGGCGAUGCUGCGCAAGGCAACGACGUUUAUCACCUGGAUAAUGGCCAAGUGCUACAUGCUACUCCUAUCGGUCAACCGAUCCCCAUAGGCGAGUUCUUCUGUGGACUCAUCGUUCUUUUUUUAAACCUCUAUUCUGUUUACUAA